AUGAUAGAAAAAGCCUACUCAUGGUAUAGAGACAAGAGGAGAAAAUUGUUGGAAUUCAGAUUAGCCAUCCAACAACAGGAUAUGAAACAAAGAAAAGUUGCCUCUAAACAAUCAGCAAGAAAUCAGAGUGCACUUCCUUCAUCAAUUCAAUCUCAACUUCAUUUAGAUAUUGGACAGACAACAACCUCCUCUAGACAACCAUCAGCUCUUUCUACGCACAGCACUCAAGAUACCUCAUCUAGGAACACAUCUUCCCAACCAUUUAUACCAAACUUUGACUAUGAAGAAGAUGACACAUUUUCAACAAUUCAAUCAGAAAAACCAAAAAGGGAUAAGAAUAAUGUUGGUCAUUCUUUGGAUCCUAGAGUUAUCUCUUUCGAUGUAUUAUCGAAACCUUCAAAAGAUCCCAAAGUUCCUUUCUAUGCCAGUGAGGAAAAGAAACGAAAGGCCAAUAUUAAUCACAAGUUGAAACAAUAUUGCAGAAGAAAUUUGGCAAAAUCAUACGAUGAAAGAAUGAAUGGUACAUAUGAUGAUAAGGAAACAACAAUAUCUGAGGAGAAAACACCUUCAACAAGAGAAACUUCUCGUUUGGAUACUCAAAGAAGCCAUACUUCAGCUAAGGUGAUAGCCCCUCCAAUUCAAACGCAAAGAGAUCUUUUUUCAAUGUAUUCUGAGGAUGUUAGAGGAACUGGAAGUGUGGAAAAUAUAAUGAAAAGUUGGACAAUGUUCAGAGCAAGGGAAGCAGAGGAAAAGAUUGAAGAGAUGGAGUUUAGAGAUGCUGUACAUUCAUGGAGAGUUAAUAGAGGAAGAAUAGAAGAAGAAAUACAGAGAAGACUGGAAAGCCAAACCUUUUCUUCUCAAACAGGGACAGUAGUUCAUAAAAUUAAGAACUACAAACUGCCAACACUAAUCAAGAGGGAAAAUAUUUUGGAUGAGAGUAGUGAUGAAGAAGAUGAAAGGAGACCAAAAAGUGCUUCCAGUGAUGCAAGCUCAAAGAAAGGAGCUCAACCUCCAUCAAAAAUUAGCAAAACAACUAGGAUUGAAGAACUUGAAACAAGCUCAAGUCUUUCAGAUGUAAAUACAAGUUACCUUACUCCAUAUAGUGCUGAAGAUGCAUUCCAUGCAAAACAGGCUGGGGAUGAGUUAGCAACAACAUCUAACAGUAAUCAAGGGCCAUCUGUACAAAAUCCUAAGGGCUUUCAAACUCCAAAAAUUGUGGACUUUGCUUCUCAGGCUCCCUUUAGUAACUUCUUUGUAAAUGAGUUUGUGGAGGUGCCACAUCCUAGACCUGCUACUUCAGGUCAACUUUAUGGAAGAGGAAAGACUGUAAGGACAUUAAGUGAUAAAACUGUUACUAGAGAAUCGACAGGUAAUGUAAGGCCUCUCACAAGUUCUACGACAAGAGAAGCUGGAGAAACUUCCAAGUACAAGGUUAUUUCUCACAAUGUAUUCGAUUUGUUCACAAAACAACAGUCAGAAAAGAACAACCCUAAGAAGAAAAGAGCUCCUUCUUCACCUGGUAGGACUGGUAAAGCUGAUCCUAAAAAGACAUCAACCCCAAACAAGAAGGAUGGUGCCGUGCCAAAAACAGAAGUCAAGCCAGCAGAGAAAGUUGAAGUCGAACCAAUUGGUGGCCCACCAACACUACAGAAGAAUAUGGCCAUGGAUCAAUGCGACAAGAUUAAGAUACUGCUUUCUAAGGAGGGUGUAUUCAUCCCUAGCUCCACCCUUAGAAGAGCAAUCAUAACGCCUGAGGAUAGGCCUAUUGAGGAAUGUCUUAAAUCUCUUCCAAAGUCUUCUUCCACUGUUGUUUAUGUUGAUGUAAUUGAGCAACCCAAGAAGAAGAGAGAGAAAAAGAAGGGAAGGAAAACAGCUUCACGAGGCUCUAGUGGAAAGGGAACAAGAAAAACAUAA